AUGAGGCCUGAUCAGAGGGGCGUGGUCAGAACUCCUCGCUGCUGCCUCGUGUGGUCACAGUGGGAAGGGCGAGACUGCGGAGUGUGUCCCAAACUGAGGUUGGAGGAUGUGGAGGAGAGAACAGGAGGACAGGCCAGAGAAGGAGAGGACAAAGGAGGACAGAAGACAGAGGAGGAUGAGAGAGGACAGAGGAGGAGAGAGGACAGAGGAGGAGGAGAAAGGACAGAGGAGGCCAGAGGAGAGAGGACAGAAGACAGAGGAGGAGGAGAGAGGACAGAGGAGGAGGAGGAGAGAGAUGACAAAGGAGGAGGAGAGAGGACAGAGGAGGCCAGAGGAGAGAGGACAGAAGACAGAGGAGGAGGAGAGAGGACAGAGGAGGAGGAGAAAGGACAGAGGAGGCCAGAGGAGAGAGGACAGAAGACAGAGGAGGAGGAGAGAGGACAGAGGAGGAGGAGGAGAGAGAUGACAGAGGAGGAGGAGAGAGGACAGAGGAGGCCAGAGGAGAGAGGACAGAAGACAGAGGAGGAGGAGAGAGGACAGAGGAGGAGGAGGAGCGAGAGGACAGAGGAGGAGGAGAGAGGACAGAGGAGGACAGAUGAGGAGGAGGACAGAGGAGGAGAGAGGACAGAGGAGGACAGAUGA